AUGAAUCGAAACAUACCAAUUGGGAAUAAAAUUUGUGCAACGAAAGAAAUAUUCUAGAACUAAGUCAUUUUAAAUAGUCAUUUAUUGACUAUGAGACCCUAAAUCAACACUAGUGCCCCAAAACAAUAUGAUUUUCUAAAAAAUAAAAAAAUUAAGGAAGCCAUCAAAUCAUAAAAGUAAUAAGAAAUAGACAGAGAAAAUUAAAAUCUUAUAUCCAAAUUAACUAAUAUUAUGUAAUAAUAAUCAAGUAAUAAUAUUAUCAUAAUUAAGAUAACUCAAUCUCUACUUUAGCAAUUAAGAAAUCCACUACUGUGAGUCUUGGUCCAAAGAAAUCUCUCAAUAAAGAAUACAGAAAAAAAGAAUUGAUUAAGAUUGUUAUGGAGAAUCAAUAACUCUUAAAAAGAAUUUAAGAUUAGAAAUCUCAAUACAAUGUUAAAGAUUGGAAUCAAGAGAGAAGAUGGGUUGAAAAAUAUAUUUCUAAUAUUUGCGAAUAUCCCUAUAAGGAUUUCAAACCUACAAAAACCUUAGUACAAUAUUGGACCAACUCAAGAAUUAGCGAGUCUUAAUUAUAAAGUAAUAAUUCAGAAGUUAUAUUAUUAGAAAGAGAUAAUUUUAACAAUAAGAAAUUAGAUCCCUUAGAAAUCAAAAGCCAAUAAACUAAGUAUCAAGUAUUAUUAAUCUAUUCAGAUCAAGAGCUAGGCAAGAGAAUAAUACAGAGUCUAGAUAAAUCUUAAUAAAUUAAGAAAAUCAAUAAAGGUAAUAUAAUCUAUUAUAAUAUUCUAGAAGUCUCUUUGAAUCUGAUUUUCAACCUUAUGAACCCUAUCAAGAUAAGGUUAGUAAGAUUGUUAAUGAAAUCAUUGAAAAACCUUAGUAAUAAGAAUAAGAGUAAAAGAAGGAAGACAAUGAAGUUGUAAAUGAUCAAAAAAAUCAAGAGAAGCCAACAAUGCAAGAAGAUCAAGUAAAAGUGGAAUCUAAUGAUCAGUAAAGCAAGGAAUAAGAAUAAAAUUAGAAUAAUGAACAAAUUGAAGAAUAAUAAUAAUAAUAAUAAUAAUAAGAAUAAUAAUAAUAAUAAUAAUAAUAAUAAUAAUAAUAAUAAUAAUAAUAAUAAUAAUAAUAAUAAUAAUAAUAAUAAUAAUAAUAAUACAAUGAAAUUGAUAACUUAAUGGAGAAUUCAUAAGUAAAUGAAGAGUAAUAAGAUUAAGGUUCUAAUAAAUCUCCUCAAAAUCAUCAAAAUAUAUAAACCAUAGAUUUUGAAUAACAGAAUUAAGAAGUUUUGGACAAUUAAAAUUCUGAAUAAUUCUAAAAUUGAAUAUUUUUAUACUUAUUGUAAAAUUAUUAUUUAUAUAAAAUAAUUUUAAGGACAUUAAUAAUAAAAAUAUAACAGAUUAUCCAAUAUAUAUGAUAUAGCAUAUAUGUUAGAUAUAUUCAUAAUUUUUUGGAUUGCAGCUUGCAUACAUUACCAGUAAUAUUACACUUAUUCAAUAAUGGUAUUUUAUAUAUAUUGUAUAGUUUUAAAAACUUAUCUAAUUAAAAAUCCAUAUUUUUUUUACGCGUUAAAAGGAUGACAGAAGAUACUCUUUCUUCUUUUUUUCUAAUUAAUUACUAUUUUGCAGUAUUUUAUAUUAAAUUAGUAGAUAACUUUGA